AUGUGCGCUAAUGAGGCUGCAGUGAUGGGCACUGAUAGGCGGCACUGAUAGGUGGUACUGAUGAGGAGGCGCUGAUAGGGGCAGACUGACAACUCAUGGGGCCCCCGGCAAUAGGGGAUCAUGGGGCCCCUGUGUCCUUGCCCAAACUCAAAAAAGCCUAUGAAAAAGGUACCGGGAGGCAUCUCAUGGGGCCCCCUACUGACCCCGGGCCCUCGGGCGGUGCCCGAGUUUCCAAAUGGUCAGUCCGCCCCUGU